AUGAAUAAACGCAGUCUGUUAAUACUGUUUGUACUUGGAUUAGCUGUGUCUGUACUUAGCAGCACUGAAUUUUUUAUUGGAUCGAAUACACCAGUGUGGUUUUUAGAAUCUAAUUCGGCAGAUUCUGAAAGCCCUCGACUCAGUAUAAUUCCAAAUGCUCUAGAAGAAGCCGGCUUGUCAGAAAAUAAUGCAACCUUGCAUUUUCUAGAUAACAGGAAUGAUGAAGGUAACCAUAAACUUCCGAAAAAACAAACAAAAGGGUUAGACGAACUUUUUCUAGAAAUAUUAGUAGUGGUCGAUCAUAGAUUAUAUAGAAAACUUGGCGAAAACAUCGCAGAUGCUCUCAAUUACGUGGUCAGUUUCUGGAACGGAGUGAAUUUACGUUACGAGUUAAUCACGUCACCCACAGUUUACGUCAACAUUGCUGGAAUAAUCUUAUCUAAGGAUCCAAAUGCCUUGUACUAUGUUCAACAAAGUAAAAAUAGUAGAGGAAAUGUUAAUGCAAACAAAGUCCUCUUCGAAGGAGGAAAAUAUUUCCUUUACGAGAAACGUUUCAAAAAUUAUGAUAUAGCAGUGACAAUGACUACAGAAGAUAUUUGCUCUGUUGGUGCUGCAGAUAUUUGUUAUUCGAAUAUUGUAGGACUUUCUUUACUUGGAAAAGCUUGUCAUUCGCAUCUCAAUACAGUGAUCAUCGAGGACAACGGUGGAUUUGGAGGAAUUAUCGUUGCUACUCAUGAAAUAGCUCACCUAUUAGGCGUACCACACGAUGGAACUGGUGAAGCCAUACGUUGCUCAAUAAGCGACGGCUAUAUUAUGACACCUUCUGCGAGCGUAGAAGAAAAUAAUUUCAAGUGGUCCACUUGCAGUCAGAAAAUUUUGCACAAAUUUUCAUUAGGUAGUGGUGCUAGUUGUUUAAAAAAUGCACCCAACGUUGGCUCAACUAUCAUACCGGGACUUCCAGGAAAAUUGUUGAGCGCGAAUCAACAAUGUGCACGAGCUGGAUACAGUACACCAUGUUUUAAUGGUAAAAGAAUUUGCAACGCACUAUCUUGCUUCCGAACUGACUACAAAUAUUGCGAUGCUGACGGUCCUGCUGCUGAAGGCACAACUUGCGGAGAAAAUUUGUACUGUCGAGAUGGGAAGUGCGUACCAGAAAAUUAA